ACCCAUCAGCAUCUUUAGUCCCUGCUAUUAUAUUUCAUAACAACGACGAAGCUGAUGGCCCUCAUACAACUUCUUCCAAGGGCUCACACUUGUCUGCGCUGGGUGGGUGGAUCCCACACGCUGGUCUCGGAGAUUGUGACCAAGGAGAAGGCGCCGCCGAUGGACCUCCAGGGACAUCCCACCAAGCGAUACACUGGAUACGGUUCAGACGGACGACUGUAUAUGUUAGAAGAAGAGCUACAGCCUUGCGUGGAAUGUAAUAUCAUAUUUGAAGCUCCGAAACCUGAAGGUGUCGGUGACGUGACUAAAGAUGGCGCUGGCGAUCGAGGAGCUACCCUAAUUGCGCCAGAUAAAAAAUAAUUUGUGUGUACAAUAAUGUUUCCUUUUAUGAAGGAUAGAGGUACGAGAACCUACAUUAGAAAUUGCAAUCAAUUGCCUCUAAAUUUCUAAAAUAUUGUUUGUUUUCGACAAUGAUUUAUAUAGUGUUACAAAAUCUUAAAUAAAACCAUUUUGUUAUA